GCUUUUAGAAGUGAAGUGGAGGAAGCAGGUGCUUCGCAGAGAGUGACAAGUCCCCACAGGAGAGAGAGAGAGAGAGAGCUCGAAUCGAAGAAGGAAGGCAGGGGAACGAUCGAAGGGAAGGGAUCCAUCGUCUCCAUGGGAAACAUCAUCAGGUGCCUCACGGGAAGAGACCAUGGCCAUGGUGAUGAUGAUGAUUACUACCCCUACUACCGUGCAGCGAGCACAGCCUCGAGGCCCCGCUACGAGCUGCAGGCCGGCGGGUGGGAGGACGACGAUGAACCUGCAGCAGCCUUUUGGCCUCGCCAGCAGUCUCUAGGUCCCAUCCAUGGAGGCGUCAGCGUCACGCCGGCGGCCACCGCCGCCUCCCUGGCCCAGGACCUGCAGCUCAACAUGGAAUCCACGUCCAUGAUUCCUGAAGGGUUCAAACGGCAUGUCACAUCAUCCAAAAAAGCACAAACUAAUUGGUACAAGGACAUGGCAGAGGCAUACAAGGAUAUGAAAACCCCACAAAAAACACAAGCUGAAACUGCCCUUACCAGGAUCCAGAGAGCAGAUUUGGAGGAUAUAUUUUCAUUUCACAAUCUGCCGACCGCAUCACUCCCUCUACCAGACUCAAACCAUCACCGGACACCGCCACCAGAGGAUGUGCAGUUUGUGCUGAAUACUUUGCCGGUCCAUAACAAGUGCAUUGGAGAUGGUGAUGGCUUUACCGCUUAUGUUGACACAGCAGACCCAACGGAGUCCGCAGAUGUGCCACGGGAAGUGCAUGAGAUGGUGAUUGCAAUAACUCAAGCACGCACUGAUAGGGAUUAUCAGACAGCUAAUGCUCUUCAAAGAAGCCUUGACAAAGCUGGAUAUAAGGUAAUAGACAUUUUAGGCGAAGAGAUCCUUGCAAGGAAAUAUAGAAUCCGAAUGAGGGGCAUUGAUGCACCGGAGCUUAAGAUGCCGUAUGGAAUGGAGGCAAAGAAAGAAUUAAUAAAGCUCAUUGGUGGGAAAAGUGUCACAAUUUAUGUGUAUGAGCAAGACCAAUUUGGACGCUAUGUGGGUGACAUCUAUUGUGAUAACAUGUUUAUCCAGGAGCAAAUGCUGAAGUGUGGUCAUGUUCAUCAUUUCAAGAAGUACGACAAACGCCCAGAGUUUGAAAACUGGCAGAAAGAGGCAAAAUCUACAGGCCUAGGACUCUGGGCAUCAAAGAAGCCCCCUCAGAAGCCAUGGGAUUGGAGAAGAAACAAACGACAUGCAAGACACAGUGCCAUUCCGGUUUACUGAUGGAGCUUUCGAGCUAGCUCUCAGGGAUCUGACAGCCACGUAGUUUGGUACUGAGGUUCUUAAGUAGCUUGCUGCAAAUGAAUGUGUUAUGUGUAUCAGUAACCAAAAGACAAAAUGUACAGUUGAUGUUUGUAGAAAGGGAAAACACCUUAUUGGAGGUUCUCUCUUCUGCAGUGAUAAUGUACAGAUGACCUGUAGUCCGCAAAAACCAAGUGGUGAAUUUGUAACAAGAAUGAUGAACUAAUUCAUGUCAUUACAACCAA